AUGGUUCCCUUGUCUAUACUGUGCGGCGCCAACUGGCAUCUCGCCGGUAAGGUCCAGUACCUUGUGGACUGGGAAGGAUAUGGCCCAGAAGAACGUACCUGGAUCCCAGCAAAGGACAUCUUGGACAAGCCGCUGAUCCGGGACUUCCAGUGGACACAGUCUGAGCCAGGUAAAGUGACAGCAGCAGUGAAAACGGCCAUUGAUGCUGGUUAUUGUCACAUUGAUGAUGCAUUUGUAUAUGAAAAUGAAAAAGAAGUUGGUGAUGCUAUUCAGGCAAAGAUCGAGGAUAGAACUGUAAAGCGUGAAGAUCUUUUCAUUGUUAGCAAGCUGUGGUGUACAUUUCAUGCCAAAGACAUGGUGAAGGAUGCCUGUUCUAACACAUUAAGUGACCUGAAACUGGACGAUCUGGAUCUGUACCUUAUUCUUUGGCCUAUGGGAUUCAAGGCUGGCCAGGAGAACCUUCCUCUUGAUGGGAAUGGGAUGAUAAUACGAAGUGACAUAGAUUUUGUUGACACUUGGGAAGCAAUGGAAGAAUUGGUGGAUCUAAAUAUGGUUAAAGCUAUAGGGGUGUCCAAUUUUAAUCGUAAGCAGAUAGAGCGUAUCCUAAAAAAAAAAUUUGAAUCUGUCCGCUCCCAGAUUGAGUGCCAUCCUUAUCUACCUCAAGAAGAUUUGAUCUCCUACUGCACUUCUAACAAUAUUGUUGUGACAGCCUAUAGUCCACUGGGAUCUCCAGACAGACCAUGGGCACACCUCUCCUAUCAACACCCAGCCCAGAUCCAGAUGUUGGGCGAAGGGGGCGUUGUGUGGUCCAUUGACCUGCUGCCUGACUUUGUGCACCCUAAGAACAUCUCUUCUGAGCAGCAGGAGUAUUUCUGCUUCCGGAUCCAGUUCUGGGAUGUGCUUGGCAAUGUGGUGGAGAUGGGGCUGGUGUAUCACUGCACUUGGCGUCGUAAUCUCGGAUCGGUUAUUCAUGAUCUCAUUGCACUCUAA